GACCGCCAUACAGCCCCAGGGAACCCACAGGACACAGACACAACGGCUCCGCCAUGAGGGGCGCCGUCCCCACCAGCUCCCCGCCCUCCCUUUUAUAGCCCCCGCCGCGCGCCGAUUGGCUGCGCCGCCUGCCCGUCAGGCUGGGAAUUUCCCGGGGGCGGAACCAGCCCCGGUGCUGUGGCGGAGCGGAGGGACCCGGAGCGAGACCCCCGACCCCGAUCCCGACCCCAUCGCCAUCCGGGCGGCGGCCCCGCCGCGGGGGGCACGGUAGGGAUGCCUGGCUGGGAGGUAGGUGACUGAACAGCAGGCAUGGAAGGGAGAGGACCCUAUCAUAUCUAUGACCCUGGUGGGGGCUCAGAGGAGAAUGGAUCCACGGCCUUGGAGCGGCUGGUGGAGGAGAACGCCCGGCUGAAGGAGAAGAUGCAAGGGAUCAAGUCUAUCGGAGAGCUUCUGGAGGAGUCCCAGGUCGAGGCAUCCAAGCUGCGGCAGAAGGCAGAGGACCUUGUGAAGGACAAUAAAAUGCUGAUUGGAUCAUCUUCCUUGGAGGAGUUGGUGGAAACUGGAGCCGUCGGCCCUGAUCCCAGCUUCGCACGGGCAGCCCCGGGCAGUGCCCAGCCGGACGUGGAAGCACGGAAAUCACCUCCCAGUGACUUGGAGCAGCCACCGAACGAGGAUGCCAACCUGCUGCCCCAGCUGCAGCAGCUGGAGAACACGCUGAGUGGCUGUGCCAAGGAGGCCAGCAAGGAUCAGGUCUUUGUGCGCAUGGGCUACAUGGCCUCCGAGCUCAAGCGCUUGGCCUCCAAGGUGCACAAGAAUGAGCAGAGAACGUCGUUCCUGCAGACGUUGUGUGAGACGCUGCACAGUGAGAACAAGGAGCUGCGCACCAAGCUGGAGCAUGACCUGGAGCAGAGAAACCAGGCUCUGGAGAAGCUCAGGUGUGAGAACCAGGAGCUCCGGAGGAUGGUGACGCUGAGCAGCCAGGACAGUGGGAAGAGGGAAGCUGCUGAGCAGCAGCAGCAGAGCGGGGCCAUGGUGGAGAAGGCGCCGGGCAGAGAAGAGCUGGAGGCCAAGGAAAAGAAGGUGAAGAUCCUGGAGCACCAGCGCAGGGAGCUGCUGGAGGUGAAUAAACAAUGGGAUCAGCAUUUCCGCUCCAUGAAGCAGAAGUACGAGCAGAAGGUCACAGACCUACACCAGGAGCUGGCUGAGGCCCGCAGGGCAGUGACCGAGCUGGAGUCGGAGCGGGAGCAAAAGCAACGGGAUUUUGACCGCAAGCUGCUCCUGGCCAAGUCCCGGAUCGAAACAGAGGAGGCAGAGAAGGAGAGGCUGGCCAUGGAGGUGAGGGACCUGCAGCAGAGGAUGCGGUUCCUGCAGGAGCAGCUGGCUCCAGUCACCAGGCAGCGGGAAUACCAGGAAAAGGAGAUCCAGAGGCUGAACAAGGCACUAGAAGAGGCCCUGAACGUCCAAGCCUCUCCACCACCCAUCUUUGCCAUGGAGCCAGCAGGGAAGCUGCCACAGCAGGAGCUGCUGACCCAGAAUGAGCUACUCAAGCAGCAGGUGAAAAUUUUUGAGGAAGACUUCCAGCGGGAGCGGAGUGACAGGGAGAGGAUGAAUGAGGAGAAAGAAGAGCUGAAGCAGCAGCUGGAAAAGCUGCAGAAGCAGUUGGUCCUCUCCAACAACCAGCUGCGAGCCUCCAAAGACGAUUGCCAGAGGGAGAAGGAGGAGAAGGAGAAGCUGAAGAAGCUGCUGAAACAGCACAAACAGGCUUCUGGAGAGAGGCUGCACGCCGAACCAGGGCCCGGGCCUCUGGGCCCAGCCUGCCCCAUGUACCAGUACCAGUACAGCCCCCCCAUGGCUCACCCCAUGUACCACGGCUACGACGAGUGGCAGCAGAUCCGAUACCCGCCAGCCAUGCCGGGCGAGCACACGCAAGGACAGAACUUCCACCACUUUCCCCCGCCUGAGUACCCCUGGCGCCCGCCCUGUGCCAUGGCUCGCAGCCAGAACGCCCAACCAGUGGCCGGGGUGAAACCAGUCACCAAGGACUUGGGCAGGUCCCGGAUUGCCCUAACGCCAAGGACCGGCCACGCUCCGACACCAGUGGAAGAGGAGUAGGGUGUGUGUGUGUGCCCGUGUGUGUGUGUCCAGGAGCUUCCUCCGGCCGCCAAUGCCUGUGCAAGGACAUGUGCUGCACGUGGGGGGCUCAGCAGCGCCUUCCCCCAAGGAUAUCAUGAAGGAGGGACUGAAGGGGCCAUUGUGGUGACAGCCAGCAUGGGGUCAGUGCCCUGCAGCCUUCCCCACGAGGAGCCAGGCCUGGCCUGGCAGCGCUGUAGACCUAGCGAGGUCUUCAGGGAAGAGGAGCCAGUGUUUCCCAGGAGCUGCCCCAGUGCAGAGCCCCUGGAGGAGUGGGUAACAGCGGGGACUCUCCCGGUGGUGGGAGACCCCACACUCGCAGGCAGGUGCUGGCCGCAGCCGUGGCCCGGCCUGAGGGUGGUUGGUGUCUUUGUAUUUAUUUAAGGACUGAAGUGUG